AUGUUUCGUCUUUUUGUUUAUUUAAAUAUUUUAGGCGCUUUUUUAGUGACCGGUUUGCAUAUCGUGGAACCGGGACCCGAAUAUCCAGCAUCGAAAGGUGCAAUUUGGCCAAGACCGCAAAUGCAAUCGAUAGAAAUUCCUUACUACAAAUUUGAUAGUGAUAUACUCGAAAUUAAGGUAAUGGAUCACGAUUGUCCUAUUCUGUCGAAUGCCGUCCAACGGAGUCUGGCGGUACUGAGAGACAUGCUCCGAAUCGCGAGUCCGUAUGUAAACCGCAAUGCCCCACAACAGGUCUUAGAUGAUGAUACAUACGACGGACCACUGAAGAGUCUAAGCAUUUACUUGACAUCACCCUGUGAAGAAUAUCCGCAUUUCGGCAUGAUCGAGAGCUACAAUCUGACGAUCGCCGCUGACAGCACACUCAGAAGUUCAUCGAUAUGGGGAAUACUGAGAGGCUUGGAAAGUUGGACGCACCUGUUUCAUCUCUCAGAUAAUCGUGAUCAAUUGCACAUUAACAAAGGUGAAGUUCACGACUUUCCCCGUUACCCUCACAGAGGACUGCUCGUUGACACAUCACGUCAUUACAUCUCAAUGUCUAAUAUCCUACUCAUUUUGGACGCUAUGGCCAUGAACAAGAUGAACGUAUUUCACUGGCACAUUGUUGACGACCAGAGUUUCCCAUAUCAGAGCGAAAGGUUUCCCGAUUUGAGUCGUCUGGGAGCCUAUCACGAGACCUUGAUUUACACCAAGAAAGACAUUCAGACGGUUAUCGACUACGCAAGGAACAGGGGGAUCAGAGUUAUUCCUGAAUUCGAUGUACCCGGUCACACAAGGUCCUGGGGUGUAGCCAAACCCGAACUCCUGACACAUUGCUACAACGAAUACGCUGUCGACAUGGGUCUCGGUCCGAUGAACCCAAUCAAGGACAGCACAUACACCUUCCUGCGGGAACUGUUUCAUGAGGUCCAGGCCUUGUUUCCGGAUAGAUACAUUCACAUCGGAGGUGAUGAAGUCGAUCUAGAUUGCUGGGAGUCGAAUCCAGAAUUCCAGAGAUACAUACAAGAGCACAACCUGACUUCGGUAGCUGAUUUUCACGCUCUAUUCAUGCGCAACACGAUUCCUCUGCUCAGCGAAAACUCGAGACCGAUUGUGUGGCAGGAAGUUUUCGAUGAAGGCGUGCCCCUUCCGAAGGACACUAUCGUGCAAGUGUGGAAGGGAAACGAAGUUUACGAAAUGUUGAAUAUCCUAAGAGCAAGUCACCAGUUAAUCUAUUCCUCUGGCUGGUACCUUGACCAUCUGAAAACUGGAGGCGAUUGGACGGAAUUUUUCAACAAGGACCCUCGGGAUAUGGUCAGCGGCCUCAGCAAAGACAUCAAUGUUGACAACAUUGUAGGUGGCGAAGCUUGCAUGUGGACAGAAGUUGUUAACGACAUGAACAUUAUGAGCAGAGUAUGGCCACGAGCUAGUGCUGUAGCUGAAAGACUGUGGGGCCACGAAUCACAGGCAGCAUAUCAAGUAUACUCUCGCUUAGAGGAGCACACAUGCAGAAUGAACGCGCGCGGCAUACGCGCCCAGCCACCCAGUGGCCCUGGCUUCUGCCUAGGCGCUUAGUGAAUUAAUUAUAAGAAAGAAAAAACAUUUCUUCAUUAUUCAAUAAGAGAUGUAACUAUAAUAUUAGCACAGGUUUAAUUCAGAAUUUUUUCAACAUACCUAGUACAGAUACAGAUACUAGUUAUUCCAAAAAUAGGUGAUAUUGUUAAGUAGUACAUUUUUUUAAUUAAGUACAUGCUAUGAAUUAUUUACUAUGAUUGGGCACGUCCUAAAUUACAAAGAUAUUACUGGGCAUGUAAAUUACUGUUUUACUGAAUAUUUCCACCAUUCCUAAAUCCGAAGUGGUAAAAAAAUAUUUAAAAGCAUCAUCAAGCAAACUAGAGAGAAUACAUGUUUAAAUGAGUGAUCUCUGGGUAUAUAAUCUUCUAAUAUAAAUAUAAGAUUCUACUGUACGUGUGUAUGUCACUGAACUGCUAAACAGCUGGACCGAUUUGAUUGAUUUUUUUUGUAUGCGUUUAGGUGACGCCCUGGAUGAUUUAGAUUGACAAAUCAGCCUGACAGAUGGCGCUGCAGUCGGUAUCUAGGCUAUUUAACUAGCAAGUAACUAAACGGCUGGAUCGACUUGAAUGACUUUUUGUGUAUGCAUUCACAGGACAACAUCUGUCAAGUCCGCUGGUAUAUAUAUAAACUUAACGUCACAUCGGUAGUGUGCGACAGAGACAUCGCUCCACAAAACCGAAAUUAGUCGAUUAUUUCUUCCCAAAACUCGAAGUGCAAUAUUUAUCGAAGGGUAUUUAUAAUUAAUAUUCUAUUAAACAUAUACAUCGUAUUUUAUCCAUAAACUAUUUAUUUUGAUGUUGAACGUUUAUUAAUACCUACUGUGUAACAGAACUUAAAACUUCGUGUAAAAUUGAAUGUUUGUGCGUUCUGUCCUGAUAUAGUCCUGAUAUAGACGAUCAUCAGUUUUUUGACAGGUUGAGUUCAAUUGUGCGUAUAGGUUCUAGUUUCACCGAAGUACGUGUCGUACUUCUGCCGUGACCUAUCGGUCACGCGAGUGAUCACAACAAUUUUAGUUUACAUACAUUUAUCUAAAGUCAGACAGGAGCGUGGACGUUAACGAAUGCGUAUAUAACAAAUGAACAAACAGAUUCAUUUUUAUUUUUCAGCUACUCCAUGACCGUAGCAAACUUUUAUUCAUGUCUGGUAGUCAUAACAUUGUUUUUAUAAUAAUUAAGUAGGUACUAAUAUUAUAGCGACCAUAUAUAAGGCUGUCCUAUCAAAACCAUUCAUUAUUUUUACGUUUGUCUUUACAAAUUAAUUUUAUAAUAUUAUAAAUAGUUUACUUUGAUGAAACUAAACAUGUUA